AGAGUAACCUUUACUAUUAGAAUUAAAUGCUGGUUAAGAAAUAAAGAACGCCGGUAAAAAGGAACUCGCUGUAAUACCUCACUGAAAAAGAAAAGGUAUUAUACAAAAGUUAAGAAUCUGUCCUAAUUUUAAUAUACACUGCAGCUUAGGACAGGGGCCAACAUAAACUAAUAUUAAUUUAGGCAAAAAUUAGGUCAUAAAGAGUACAUGGGUAGUAACAGUUAGUAGUUAGUGUGAGUGUGAGCUAGUUACUUACACUACAGUAGUAAUGGUACAGUGCAGGCAACACUGGCUGGUUAGUUACACAACUGCACAGAUAAAAUCAUGCAUUUGAAUGAAAAGAUUAAAGUUAGGGGUAAUCUGCCAUUUGAGCAUCGGAUUCGAAUAAAAUCUUGUUGAUCAAGUUUUAAACGCUUAGUGAGCUUAGGCUUAGUUAGUACUUAGUAGGCCUAUUCAGAUGUGUCUCUUAACAGUAGGCCAGUAGGGUGAGUAGAGAGAGGGCGACUGGGUUUUCUAUGUCUAUGGCAUAGAAAAUGAGAGUGGGCACUGUUUUCUCGUUGAAGUGCCAGACCAACGUGCGAUCACUUUACAGGAGUGUAUAGAGAGAUAAAUUAAAUAUUAUAAUUAUAUAUUAUCCUUACAGUUACAGUCUUACAGGUUCAUGUAUGGAAAAAUAAACCAGCAGAUCAGACACAAAGUCUAUGAAUUUAAUGAUCCAACUGAUGCUGGUGUCCAUACACAGAAUGUUCAUAAUGCGCACAAACUGAAGAAACAGUUUAGCAAAAACUGUGAUCUUUUCCCUUACUAUUUGCAUGAGUCAUGAGUUCAAGUUCUGCAACUGUUUUAGUUGUAGUGGAGAUGAUAUUUUUAAAAACUACAUUGUUACCUUAGGGGUGAACCAUGCAUAAUCUUAAACUCUUCUGCCUUUACUCAUUCAUUACAUUUUUCUAUUUUAACAUUUUUAUACAUUUUUAUAUUUUUAUAAUGUUGUUUUGGAUUAUUUAUAUAUGAGCAUAAAUGAACAUUAAAAUUUUCUUAAAAAACAUUUCCAUCUAUAUGGAUCAAUGAAAGUAGAAUUCCAUCUUAUCAAUAAAGCAAUAACCAUUUAUCUAGGACUUCAAACCAGAACAACAUGACUUCUCAUAGCAGAUGCUGAAGUGGUAGAUUACCAAAUUACUUUGAAAAUAUUCAAAAUUAUGAAAACUCAACUUACAAUUUCAAGGAAUACAAUUUGAAACACUUUAUAAUUAUAAAUAAAGACCAAAUGAUAUCUGAAAAUUCAUAAUCCAUUUUUCAAAAUGAUCAGACAUGCACACAGCUAAUGAGUCACUGGUUUUGAGAUAUUAUAAUUAACCACCCUAUGAAAUAAUAAUUUUAAGGAGCAAUCAAUCAAAAACGUUCCAUAUGCGUAUUUAUAUAAAAAAAGAGAAUAAAAGGGUGCUGGGUGUCUAAACUAUCUCAAACCAAAUAGCUGGUGGCCUGGAGUUCAAUCCCCACCAAAACCAACAUCCCAAGCACACUGGGUGGAUGGGACUCAUUAGCCUUGGACGGCAACCCAUCUAAGAGAAGGCAAACUCUGAUUUUAAACCAGGAGCCAGAAUGAUCAACAAAUUGAUAGUGGGCCCCUCAAAUAUAAGAAGAAGAAGAAGAGAGUCAGUAUGUUUAGACUACUGCACAGGUUUUAUCAUGGAUGGGGGAAGCAAAAAUCUUGGCUAAGGUGGCAUUUACCCUAGCUACACUACUGGGUGACGAGGAUCACCAAGUGAAAAUGGAGAGGGGUCUGGGGAACUUUUCGGAGUAAGCCUGAUAAUCAUGGUUUCUUUCAGAAAAUUUGAUUCAGGGAGAUGACAUUUCGGGGGGGGGGUGGGUGUGUGUGUGUGUGGAUAUAUCAGUGUGUGCCCUAGGAUAUUCUAUUGGCCUCAAAUUAGUUUUGGCUCAGUACUAUUACAUUGAUCGCCAUGAGGGAGAGAGGUAAAGCAGCAAUCAAAGGCUACUGAUUGAAUGCGGGGAGAUUGGUUUCAUUUAGGCCAUCCCCAGAAAAUGAAAGAUAAAUUUAAAAUAUGGUUAUGCAAUUUAUUUUUUGUAUCAUCCUGCACAUGAUAGGAAUGCAAAAGGAUUUAGGUGUCUCUUGACCUUAUUGUGUUUAUAAAAAGCCUCUAUUUUAAGUUGUAAAAAAUAGGAAUGUUUAUUAAUAUUUUUUUAUUUAAACUAUAUAAAUAAUUAAACUCCUUUUUUAAUUAAUGAAUUAAUAAAUUUAAUGAAAUAAAUUUCCAUACAAAAAGAUGUCUAUGAAAAGCAAGUAUUUUAAUUACCUUCCUAAAUAUUUCCAAGUUAUACAUGAUACAAAAAGAGGAGAAAAAACUUUUUGUUGAAAAGUCUAAACGACACAUUUAUCAAUUGUUUACACGGACAAAAAUUACACUAAUAACUAUAUAUUAAAAGCAUGAUGAUACUAUACAAAUAACACCCUGCCUUUUAUUUAAAAGUUGAUCUUAUAUUGUGAAGAAAUAUAAAAUCAAAAUGUAGGCCUUUAUAGCGAUGGAAAAUUAGUUUAAUUCUGUAUAGGCAGCACUUUUCCCCAUAAUGUAAGUCUUUAAAUUGAAGUAAGUAUUGUGCAAAAUUUAAAAAAAAAAAUAGCAUCCAGCUCUGUGGCACUACAGCCAAUGUAGGGGUUUAGCAUGUCCCCCACUUCCUUGCUCCUAAACCUAACUGAUGCUUUUCUUUUCCAUGCUUGGAUUCCCAGCUUUUGUAGAUAUUUUCCCACAAAUUUAACCAUUUAAGCCUAGAUUUGCCUUUGAGUUACUUACCUCUGUGGUUUUGGUGGUGUUCCCUCUUCACUCCUCUGUCAUCAAUGUUAAUUGCAUCAGUCUUGUCAGUUUAUUGGAAAUGUCAAAUGCUUGAAGAGUCUCAUAUAGAUAUUUCCUUUUAAAGCUGUCAUAGGCCAUUUUAUAGUCCACAUAGAGUUGGUACACUGGGAUAUUUUCUUCCGCAUAUUUCUUUAAUUUCUCUGACGGUGAAAAACUGAGAGACGCCUGAAAGAAACACUGGCUGAGAACUCAAAUGGGUGUGGGUUGUUAAUAUAGAAGAGUUUGUGUGUCGUAUAAUUUAAGUUAUAUUUAUAAGAAAGGUCUUGGUAGAAUGUGUAUUAGUAUUUAUUCUUCAAGAAUAUACCCAACAUUAGCCUAAAAAUCAGUGGAAUCCAUGAUAUUGACAUUUCUAAUUAUUUUCAAAUGACCAAUGGCUAUAAAAAUAUCCCCACAAAGUUUCAUUAUUGUAAUCACACUUUUGCUAAGUUUUUAAGAAGUUAACUCGCUAGAUAUCACAACUUUUUCCUCUGUACUAUUUGUGUAAGGGUAACUCAUUUUGUGACAGUAAUUGUGUUAGGCUGAAUUACAUCACACAAUCACAUGCUUGGAAACAAACCAAGGCAAUGGGUGAACUAAAUAUUAGUGUGAUACUUGCUUGUAAAAACACAAAGCAACAUUAUGAUGAUAAUUACAAAUUAUUGUAUGAUAUUUUUAUAGCUACAGUAUUAGAAGAGACAUAAGGUUACAUAUGGACUCAUAAUUUAAGGAUGAUUAUUGAAGAGUUUGUGAAUAAAUUUUCAUACUUUCUGCUGAGCCCACCCCCGCCACAAAAUCUCCAAAAUCCUCAAACCCCACCCCCCCCCCCCACCUCUCAAUUCAUACACACUAUAUGGAUAGCCUCAUGCUGGUAAUAAUUGUCUAUGUAAAAGCUUAGCUAUUAUUCUGAAGCAUCAUUUUAAGUAACUCGAUCAAUCAAUAGUAUUUAAUAGUAUCAAAGUUUGUUAGCGAUAAAUAACAUACACUUAGGGAAAAAAGACAUAAAGGAAACAACAGAUGUCUUAGCUCAAAGCCCUCUUCAGUAACUAAAAACAAGUAAAAAUAAACUAAACUAAAAUGAACUUACCCGAAAUGACAUUUUAAUACCUUUUGGUAAACCUUAUUGCAGUCUCUUGCUUAUUCUAGGCCUACUUGUCUUAAUUCAGGAACCCUAGGGCCAUCAUAACAUGUUUUUGUUUUAAACUGGGCUGAAGUCAUGGUUUAAAAAUUAAGGUUGCCACAAAAUGCCUUCUUAACUUUGAUUUUAAAAAAACUUAAAAAAACCAAAACUAAAACAAAAAAAACAAACAUUUAUUAGUCUAUUUGAAUUUAUUGAUUGCUAAAUGACCAUUUUUCCCUACUUACUUAUUUUCUGUCAAAAUCUGAUCUGGAACAAAAAUAAAAAAAGGGAUUGUAGUUUGAAAGGCCCGUCUCAGUUGCAGGGGGCCCCCCCCCCCCCCGUCCCCCAUUGUAAAGAGCAAAUAGUGCGAUCUGCAAUGAAUAUGGAAUAAUUAAGCACAUUAUUGUUACUCUUGGAGUUGAAUAAAUGCAAAACAAAACAGUUUACUGGAAGAAGAAUAGGACUUCGUAUGAUAAAAAGAAAAGAAACUUAGCAUAUAAAGAUUUGUAUCCAUUGCUCCACCACCAAUGAACAUUUAUUGUUCUGAAAAAACCCACAAAUGUAUAAUAUUAAAUUUCAUAAAAUGACAGACCUGUUUGUAAGAGUUUGAAGAAUUCUGAUUUCAACAAUUUUUCCCCAAUGUUUGACUGCAGUGUUCAAGAGUAAAUCUGAGAAAUUUAUAGCUUCAAAAUUUAUUAUUUCUAUUUUAUAUGACAUUUUUAUCAGCAGGCCAUGUCAGGACCACGGCGUGACCAUGAUGAUUGGAAAUCUCAACAUUCAGAAAUAUUAGAAAUUUAUGCGGGACCAGAAGACCUCAUGGAAGUUGGAUCGAGGGGAUUUUUAGUUACAACUCUGCCAGGAAAAGAAGAAUUUGCAGUGGAUGAUGCCAUUGACUUACUACGCCAAGCCUCAAUAAAGCUUUAUGGGGGCAUUAAAGUAAGCACAGUUAAAUUUAAAUAAUAUAUAUUCAUCUGAUAAUGUGUAUUAAAUUAAAAAUACUUUGGCACUCAAGGAACAAAAAGAGUACACAUGUCAUGACUUAAACUAUUUAUAUCUUUCCUAGAAACCUAAGAACAAGAAGAUUGAUAACAACUGUGGGUAUGUUAAAAUAGAUUUCAUGGAUCCAAAGACAGUGAUUAUUUUGCCAACACCUGAAGGAGAGAAUGAUGAAGAGGUAUUUUGAUAAAACAUUUAUAUUUUUUAGAUCAAAGGUUAAAAUUCAACAAAGCUAGGAAAUACAAUUGAGAUAUCAGGAUACUAUAUUAAUUCACAUUUAAUUAUUAAAUGUAUUUUCAAAAUUCUAGAUAUCAUUAUAUUUUCAAAAAAACACACCAUUUUCUAAAAGACAUUGAUCUGAAUUACAACUUAAAUUUUCACGUUCAUAAUUUAUGGUAGUUCAUUGGCUGAAAUAAAUGUAAUGAUUAAUAAAAUCUGUAAAAGUCUUCUAAAUUUUAUUUUAGCCAACGGAAGAAGACACAAAAGCUAAACAAGAAGGUCAAGAAGAAAUCAAGGGAAAAGAACCAAUGGAGACUAAUGAAUCAAAUCCAUCAGAGGUGGUAGAUGACAUCCAGACAAAUGAAACUUCUGAAACCAAAAUUGCAAGUGAGACAGAGGACAACAAAAUAUUCGCAGAAACCAGUGAAGGCACAGCAGCAACUGGGGCUGAUGAAAAUAAAACAACAGAUAACCAGGAAUCAAAUGAAAGUGAUGAAAACAAAAAUACGGAAGAAGUAAAGAUUAAAAAUGUCGUAACGGACGAAUCAACAAAAGAAAAAGAAGAUAAAAAGAUACAGAAGGCAGAAAUAGAAGCAAAAAAUAAAGAAGAGGAGGAUAGGAAAAUAAAAGAAGAAGAUAUUCCAUUUAUGAGGAGUGUUCACAAGUUUAAGGCAUUUCGUACAGAAAUAAGAAAUGUGAUGUUUAUCAAGUCCAACGUUCCUGAUCCCAUGGAGAUUGCAGAGGCUGCCAUGGAGAUACUCCUUGAGCAUCGGAAAGUUAAAGGAGAUGCUGUUAAUCAGCUUCUUCCAGUUCUCGGUGUCUGUGAUUUCAAUAAUUUGCAGGUUGGCUUCUAUGUUUGUAACUUUUAAGAAUCGUUUGUAAAAAUGCAAUGAGUAAAAAUUAGAAAGGCAGUUUAAUUUUUAAGCAUAAAGUUGUGAAUAUUUAUUGGUGUAUAAAAAGGAUAUUUGUAAAAGUUGAUUUAUCUUCUGUGAGAGAAAUUGUGGUAAAAACAUUUUUUGUUUGAAGAGCUCAUGAAAAUUUUAAUACUAUUUUUUUAAUCUUAUUUUUGCCAACUAGCUUGAAAUUAUGACACGACGUGUUUUGGGUCCUAUUUUUAACCCAGUAGAGGAACCUAAAAGCUUUGGCAUUUUACUACUGGAUAAACUGUCAGAGCCUGGAUCUGAAACUUUGACAGAAAUUGUGCGCAACACAAUUUGGUCCAUCAAUCCUCUAGCCUGGAUGAGCUCACCCCUUACUGAGCCAGAUGCUCUCAUUCGACUUGAACUGAUCGGUAGCAAGCUGGUCCUCAGCUGUCUCAGAAAGUGCAUGCGGUAAGUGGAUCCAUGACUGGAAUCUUAAUACCAAUUGAAAAGCUGUGUAUAAAUUAAGAAGUAAUUUAAAGCAUAAGAUGCAAGAAGGGCAAAGUUAAAAAAAUAAUUUUAUUGCCUUCCUUAUGCCUUAUAAUUGACCGCUUUAUAAAAAAAAUUUAAUACCUUUUUUUUAAUGGAGUGAUUAUUCAUGGUCGACUAGGAAUAAUAAUUUCUAGCGGAAGUUAACAAUUUAUCGGCUGGGAGUAAUGCUGAGCGUUAUACACAGUCUGUUGUGUAUAAUGAUGGCGCUAUCAUAAUAAAAUCUAUCAAAAUUAUAAAAAAAUUAUAGAUUCAAUGUGGCCCAUAAUUCCGUAACAUUCUUUUUUUUUAAAUUGCUAUUGGUAGUAAACCAUUUGAGGUUAGCCUUAUUCCCAGCCGACUAUAUAUAACACCUCCCUUUUUUUAAAUAUCAAGAGUGUAUUAGAAAAUAUGAAUAUGAAGAAUAAAUUGUUUGCAAUAUUUGAUAUAUUGACUACAUAUGACAUAAAUAAGAUUCCCAAACUUACCUUUCUGCACAAUUGUUUCCUAUCUUUGAAAUACUCUAUUCCCACUUCCUGUCUUUUCUGUGCUUCCUUGGUAUUGCUCUCCCUUUUUUCAUUCAUUCCCUUUUCCUUUAUUCAAAAGAUAGGUACUGAUUAUGAUAUGUAAAACUGAACCUCUUAAAGUCAUGUUAUUUUCACUAAUGAAUGCUUGUUGUCCAAACAUGCUUGUUUGAUUCAUAUGUUAAUUAAAGCCCAAAAUACUUUAUUUUACAAACAGCAAUUGUUUGUGUCUUUGAUAAUUAUUAAUUAUUUAUUAAAACUGCAGCUUGUGUAGAUGAGGUCAUAAAUAUCCUUUGUUCCUUCGAAUAUUUUCUUAUUUUCAGACAUGAGACGGUGAUUUUAAGGUAAAAGUUAAUGACUGAAUUUUUUUUUAUCUUCAGUUAUCGUCAUUUUAGCCCAACCUUGCUAGUUGAUUUUGGUGAGGGGGAACCAGAAGAUGAUGAUGGCACUUGGAUAACGGCCCAACAGAGGAGACAGCAAGAGGAGUGGAGGACGGCCAGAGAGAAACUGAAGGAAGUAGAAAGACAAAAAGAAGAGGAGCGCAGGGUGUUGAGAGAAAAACGAAAGGCUGAGGCAGAGGCCAGGAAAAAGGUGAAAAGUAAAGAGCCGGAGAAGAAAAAACAAAAAGAAAGAAAAUCUGAUGAAAAGAAGUUGGAUGACAAGUCAAGUAAAGAAUCUUCAGAAGCAAAGGCAGAAAAACACUCUGCAACUGAUGAAGAAGGCAAAGAGACAUCUCCACCUCUGAAAAAAGCAAAAUUUGAAUCAGGUGAUGAGCAAGCAGAUGAUGAUAAGGCAGAGACCAAAAAUGAAGAGGAUAAACCAACAGAUACUGAGGUGGCCGAUGAAUCUAUGGCAAGUGAUGAGUUGACAAAGCAAGAAGAAGUAACAGAGGUUAAUGAAGAGAAUGCUGAAAAGAAAGAGGAGGAAGAAGUUCAAGAAGAAAAAGAGGAAGGGGAUAAAAAGGCUAAACCGAAAGGCAAACGAGGUGGGAAGAGUGCUCGAGGAGGUAGACAGAGGAAGAAAUAGAAAUGUAAGACAUUAGAUAGGCUAUAUUAUUUUCUGAUUGGAAUAUUGCAUUUGAAAAAAUGUUUAAGUGGAUAUUUGAAAGUUUAUUUUCUUGAUGAAAUGCAUUAGUUUAUCUUUGAAGUUGACCCAAGGGCCAUAAUUUAAUCAGCAGGGCCUACUUUUACUUUUAGUGUAAAAUGAAUGUUUCAAAGUUUAGUCUAUAAAAUGGUGGGUAAAAAAUGCAAUGUCCAAGGUGUAUGUGGAAAAAGGCUGCUGAGGAAUUAAUAAAGAAAAUAACAGAGGUAAAGGCCAGCAGUCCUUGAGAAUAUUAAUGCAAGUUUGUUUAGAAACAAACAUGACUCAUUCUCAGAAGCACGUCAGUAACAGAGAGGGUAAGAAAUAGCUCAAAAUUGUAUUUUUGAUUCAGUUAUUUUUUAAAAUUGUGUAGCCCCACUGUUGAAAAUAAAAGCUCCUGUAAGACAAGUUGAUCCGUUGGUGUUUGAUACAGACAUUUUAACUUUUCUUCCAGCCCAAUGGAAGUCUUCUAUGUUAGUGUUAGAACAUCAUUUUAUAAAAAUUGUAUUAGUUCUGAACUGUUAACCUGAUAUUUUAGACAUGAAUUUAAUCAUUGUUUGGUAAGAGGGUAUUAAGUAUUAAGUGAUUCAUUUCUUUAUAGCCAUAGAUUAAGCUUUUAUAAGUCAAACAUUGAUGCACUAUUCAAUUUUGCAACCAAGUUAAGAACUAUCUUGCUAUAAAUAUACUUGAUAGCGCGGAUGUAAACAGUGGAAGCAUUACAUUUGAAUAUGAUGAUUACAUUUAGUCGCAUGUCAUUACAUAACCAUUUUUGUACAGGUUGCCAUGUCAUUUACAUGCCCACUUUUGUACAUUUUAUGUCAUUUACAUGCCCAAUUUUGUACAUGUUAUGUCAUUUACAUGCCCUCUUGGACAUGUUAUUGUCAUUUACAUGCCCACUUGGACGCAUUCUUAUGUCAUGGAUUGUAAGUUACCUCUUCUUUUCAAUGGAUUAAAAUUCUAUUUUGUAAGGCAUGAAAGCUUUAAAUAAUUAUUUGAGUUUGACAGAAACAUUUCUUUUAAUUUAAUUAUGAGUUUAAAAAUAAAUAGUGGCUCAUUUAUGGUGGUGAAAUCUUUAGUAAGCCUGUUGGGCAGAUAUUUAUACAUAUAUUUUAGCAUGGUUUUUUUAACCCCUUUUUAUUGCAAGAA